AUGCCUCGUCGACACUCCACAACUCAGUACUCUCGCCCCGACAAAGGUCACCGCAACGGUCAUCGCCAACAUCGAAGUCGUCGCCAUAGGCAUGAGCACAGCACAGGCCAUUUGUCCCAGGAAGCCGCGGAGGUCCUAACAGGCGAAGUACAAGGGGAUCAGCUGGAUACUGAGAGAUCGCCGCACGGACACUCACCGACGAGAUGUUUCCCAGAGUCGGGCAGGAACGAUGUACCCCCCACAUCAUCUUGGGAAGUGCCGGGGGAGCCACGAAUGAGAAGGAGGAAGAGCGAACCUCAGGAUAGCCUAUGGUCUUCGUUGUGUAGAUUUUGUCUUACUGUCGGAAUCCCUCUCAUCAUAGAGGGAUUCGCAAAUUCACGCCGGCGGCGCCGGACGACCUCUACAAGGCACAGAGGGAGGAGCGAAGAGCCCAAAGAGACCACCCACUUCCGGGCCCCGCAGGAACAUCAUGACUUUGGGUUAGAACCUGACGCUCGUGUCCAGGACUGGGCCGAGCAAAGAGCAGAAGAAACGGAAGAAAUUCCAGUUGAAGCGCCCCCUGAUACUUUGCCAAGUGUGCCGGACCCCUCCCAGGAGAUUGAAGGUGGCGAGGAGAGACCAGCUGACACCGACCUAUCCCCAAAUGAUGAUCGCGAAGCAGCAGGAGCUACAAGUUCUUCGUUAAGUACCUACUACCAUGUGUUUACUCUGAGUAUGACUGCCGAACGCCUCGCUAGCCUAGGAGGUAAAACUGGAAGCCGCUGGUCACAACACAAAUCAUCACGUCCGAGAGGCUGGAACAAGAUUGUCAAGAUUCCAGACACAUACGACUCGCUCCCGCUCGACGAAUGGAUGAGGAGCGUGGGGUGGUCCUGGAAAAAUUCGGAGGUAGAGGGCUGGACGCCAGAGGAUAGUAUGCCGGAGGAAUUGAGAUUGGGCAAGAUAGACAAGUCAAGGACAUGUACAGGGCUGUCUAGACAAGACAUUGACGAUGUCAAGAGUAAGGCUUGGACAGGGUAUGUGCGCUUCUACCAGGACGUGAUAAGAGCAUCGUCAGGGCAAGCCGCCGGUGCAUCUUCAAAAGAGGGGCAAGAAGUGGAUGUUGCUGAACAACCCGGGACGACACUGAAGAAAGCCACCGCGUGAAUAUCAAGAUGCUUGCACACAGCGAGUCAGCAUGCAUGCUGCCUGGCUGGUGCAAGGGCGGUCGAGUCGAUAUAUA